AUCUGGGUUGCGAGUGAACCGCUGAAGCGGGUUGCCAUAUUUGGAACGCCGCGUUUACAACAUCUUGAGAAGACAGAGGCAGGGCCCGGUCAGAGUGAUCGGCAGACGGCCGGAGUGAGGAGGCCGCCGCACAACACCGGAUCUACGGGAUCAGGGAGUUGAUCAAAAAAAGGUCGGGUUUGAUGACUCGAGUGUGCCGAUCCGAUCAGGGGUCAAUGGGUAGUGCCGGAGGCGCGCGUUGCGGCUGUGCACGUGUUCGUUUGAAGUUUUACCGGCCCGACUGUUUGUGCGGAUCUGCAGGAUCAAUGAGCCCAGGAAUGAGCGCUGAUGGGGGGUCGGCAAGCGAAGGUUACUCAAUGGAUCGCUUACGUAGGCGGAAUAGAGGGUUGCAAAAAUGUUUUGGUUGCUUUCUCACACAGGAUUUUCGUGGAAAAUCCCACUGGAGGAUUAUUGGAGUUGGAGCAGGAUUUUCUUCGACCAUUGUGUCGUUCCCCAGACACUCUUACUUUGGUUUGCGAGAGGUUGAGCGGAGCACGAUUUUAAUCAUGUCAUUCCACAUACCACCGCCACGGCUUCGCUGGAAGAAAUCCUCAGUGAAGAUGGCUGCCGGAAGUCAUGCCACGAUGGGGGAAGUCACGUAUUGCGGAUUAAAACCCUUGUGUCCAUCGAAAGAUGCCGCUUAUCAAGCAAAUUUGCUACGGCAUACUGUACGAGAUACUUGUAUGCACACUCCCGGCCUCGAAUUUCCUGGGCAUCGAUGCGCCAACGACUCAUGCACGUACUCCCUCUUGUUUCUAAUUGCGGAGCUCAUGACAAUGCUGCACUCACUCCAGUCUCCUUCACAGAUUAUCGCGUUAGCAUCGGUAUGUAUCAUCGGUGUGUGGUCGGUUUCGUUUUGGAACAGCAUCGCCGCGAUGGGCAAUUGUAGAUCAUGGUAUUGAGCUUGCACAGCCCAUUUUUGACGUCGGUGAUGAUUGAUUACAUUGUACUUUACUGUAAUGUAUUGUAACAUGAAAUUCUACUACGUAUUACGUCGCUGAAUACUAGAAGGUAUCUGAUAAAAUAUGGUGCACAGAACUUGGGACCCGGACUUCGUCGGGUGAGUUGGUACAGCAAUGCUGUACGGGGGCGUACUCAUCCUCAAAUCCAUCGAUGAAAGCUUCUAUUACAGGUGCGUUGCAUGACGGAAACACAAUUUGUUGUACUUAACAAGGAUCAAAAGGGAAUAUUGCCCCAGACUCGUGGACGAGAACUAAGGAAAAGGAAAAAAAAAAAAAAAGUU